AUGAUUUUAUCUGACCCAAUAGCGUCUUCACUUGACACAACCUUUUCAACCACCGAGAUUAUUCUUCGAGAAGUUGACACCGACAAUUUACCGCGGUCUCCCAUAGCAAGACUAUCGACAUCGCUCGCACGUGUGAGGAGCGCGAACGUCACAUCAGUUUGUGGUAUCAGAAGGUGCUCAAGCGCUCAAGUUGGACCAAGUUUGCAAUCAUUCAGCUGGACGACUGCUUUCAACACUGUUUUCAGUCUGUACCCUCUUGAUGUUUGGCGGUUGUACUGUCAUCGCGUCAUCCGAUACAUCUCUGACCAUCUCGCACAGACUUUCAGAGGUUUCCGAGUUGACAUAGGUUGA